AUGCCUGCAGUUCUCAGUGGCCAUCGGGCCCUCCUCUCUCGUCGUCAGCCUCCGGCUUUCACCUCCGUCCCGUCGUGGCUACAGUCUUACUCCGCCUCCAAAACAUCCAGAGGCGCCAUUCAAGUGAAUCUGAUUGCAAUCUCUAGUUCCUCGUGUCGAUAUUCCUCUCAUUCUUCUCACUCGUCCAAAUCACACACCCGUCCGUCAUCCUCGGCACAACCAGCUUCGUCUGCCAUUCCCUCCACCUCCUCGACAGCAACCACUUCGCUUGCCCACGAUGUCAAUCCUCCCCCGAGCACACGACCAGCCGACCUCAACCAGCCGGAUCCUAUCUCACCAUCUGCUAGUGCGUCGGAUAAACUCAAACGAUAUGUUGCUCUCGGUCGGGCCUAUGUUUCUUUCUACAAGACGGGAUUGAAGAAUGUCUACCACAACUAUCGUGCUUCUUUGCCAAUCCGAGGCUCCCUCGGCCUCCCCUCCUACCUACCGACAUCUCCUCCUCCAGCUCCCCCAUCCUCCCAGAACAAUGCCUUUCGCAAGGCCGUUGAGUCCCUCAACCUCAGCCGCUCCAACUUUCAAUUGGUGCGCCGGGCCGCAUACGAUGUGCGCCGAAUGGUCCCAUUCACGCUUAUUCUCAUCAUCUGCGGAGAAUUAACUCCUCUAGCCGUACUUGCUUUUGGCACAGCUGUCACACCAUUUACAUGUCGUGUUCCACGACAGGUAGAGAAAGAUAGAAUACAAAAGGCCGCACGAAAGCGAGCUGCGCUCAUAUCACACCAGGCCAAAACAUUGGGAUCAUUGACGCCCUUCGCGGUAGGCUCAGAACAGGAGCUGGAUCUUCUGGCCAACGACUAUGUCAAUCCAGAGUGGAUCGAGACUGCUGCAGCUGAAGAUAUCCUGCGGGCCUGUGCCGUGUUAAAUCUGGCCAAGACCCAUACCCGACCAACUCUAUUGACUUCCGUCAUGUAUCGGCCUCGAUUGCGGCGGUAUGCGGAAUAUCUGAGCUUGGACGAUCAGUUGAUCCGUAGCUGUGGUGGAGUCAAAGCCAUGGAAGCGGAUGAAGUUAGAAUCGCGGUUGAUGAGCGCGGAGGCGUGGAAUUGGCUGAAGGGAAAGAAGGUUGGGAAGCGGAGCGAGAUGAACGACGGUGGUUGGAGAGGUGGCUGGAGCGGAGAUGA